GAAAACUUGCAAAAGACAGAAAAAAGAGGAAGAGAAAGAACUUGGAAAGUGGAAACCAAAAGAAAGAAGAAGAGAGAAAUCCAAAAACAGAGACAACCGGUUUUUGCUGCUUUGCUGUUUGAGUUUUGGCCGGCGCAAGUGUAUUACCUCAAUUCGGUUUGUGUGUUGCAACAAUGGCUCCUUCCUUUGCUCCAUCCUCAUCAACCCCAAAAUUGACAAAUGAAUAUGAGGUUUUCGUUAGUUUUCGCGGGGCAGAUAACCGCACAGGAUUUACCAGCCAUCUCUUUGCCGCUUUAGACCGCAAAACGAUUCAUGCCUAUAAAGAUGACAUAAACCUUCCUAGAGGGGAAAAGAUUGGGCCUGAGUUGUUCAAGGCAAUUGAGACAUCAAGGAUUGCAGUUGUAGUGUUCUCAAAAAAGUAUGCUACUUCAGAUUGGUGCUUGGAUGAGUUGGUGAAGAUCAUGGAAUGCAAAAGGGUAUUCAAUCAAAGGGUUCUCCCUGUUUUCUACCAUGUGUCUCAACCAGAGGUGCUAGAACAGAAGGGGAAUUUUGCCGAGCUCCGAAAUGGCCCUGAAGACAAGAUGAACGGUUGGAGAGCUGCACUGACGGAGGCCGCAAACUUGGAAGGCUUGCAUUUGGAACCAAAACGGCCAGAGUCAGAGUUUAUAGAGGAAAUUGUUGAGAACAUUUUGAAAAAACUAAAUGAGGAAUCAUCUACUGCUCCAUCCCUUCGUCAGAAUGAUGCUCCCAUUCCGCACAAUGAUGCUUCAUCUGGUCAAAAUACCACUAUUAAUGCUAUUGCUGACUGGACUCCUUUUUUUUUUUUUUUAAAUUUUUUUUCGUGGGUACGCGGUUGUUUACUUCGUGUGCCGUAAGACUUUUUUUCCCGUGCAAAGAAUUAUUCAAUUCCCUGUCAGGUUGGUAGGAGUCAGUGGUCCCGUUUUCAAGCUGAGUUGUUGGUCUUCAACUGGUACAAACAAGUCGAAUCGUCCCUUCACCGCUAUUUCCAAGUAAGGAUUGCAAGUGCAAAUCUUCGCUGGCUUUCAUUAUCUUUCUUUUUGUCUUUCCGUGGGUCCAACGUUGUAAUCUUCUCUUAUCUUUUUUUCUUCUUCUGUUUUUAGUCUUUUCCAUUCCGCGUUUAUCGCCAUUGCUCACUGUCAUCUUCUUUUUGCUAAAUCUUGAUUUUCGUUCUAUUUACCAAAUUUCUCCUUCUUUUCCUUCGCUUCCUGAAACAUUCUCUGUCUGCAUUACUCUGUUUUUUCAUCUGUCCUUUUGUGUCACCUUGAUCCGUGUUUACAUUAACCGGGUUUUUUUUUUUUUUUUUUGGCUAUUGCUAUUGUUCCUAAUUCAGAGGGGGCCAGUGCAACAGCAAAUAGCGAUUCUCUCUUUGAUUAGCUCAAGAAAGAUAGGUUCAUGGAAAAGGCGAGCAGGGGAUCACAAUUGGUUAGCCUGAUAUUUGUUAAAAGAACUUGUAAUUCUUGAGUAUGAUUGCAUAAUUGGUGUUUGGUUAGAGAGGAAUUGUCCUCUUAAUUGGUAUCUUUAGUAGAUGUUUAAAAAAAUAGCUCAUUUGCUGGAGUGA